CGAUUCGCCUUCAGCCAGAUUCUAAACAAGAGGUAAACAGUGAGCAUUUGCAGGAGACACACAACUUCUCAUGUAUCGUUUUCGAAAGAGGUAGAAGAGGUGCAACAGGAACAAAUAAGACAGAGUUUACUCGAGAUGUUAUAAAUGUGAGCCCAGAUUCUAAUUACCCAAAAAAGGAAUAACAUCUAAAAAUUGCGUAUCAGCGAACUUAAUAUCGAUAAUAUCUCGGAGAUAAUGUUUUAACAUUUCGUCAUUUUUAGCAACAUUCGUUAUUUACUCCUUAUGCGAGUGCAAAUGUACGCAAUGCAAAUGUUCAAGUUCCAAGCACUAUUGGCGAUGCUGCUACUCAUUAGCUUGGAGGUGCCCAAAGUGGAAGCCUAUGGGGAUCUUCCUAUCAGCAAUAUGCCCUUAUACAGUGAUGGCAUUUAUUUUGAGAAUUUAAAACCCGUAAAAAUACAGCUCAGCACCUGGACGCUGCAGACGGAGUAUGAGUUGAGUGAGUUUAUCGGCGAAAUCGCACUGGUCAAUGCUAGUGUUGAUAAAUUGAUUCAGGCUUGCAAGCAAAUGCAAGCAAGUUUCCCGGACAGCUGCAAAAGCAUUGGUAAUAUUUUGGAACUAACGCGCGAACUGAACGAUUUUAAGAUCCUACUGGAUAGUUUGUGCGAAGAUAAAACGCGUCGAAGGAGAGGUAUUCUAAAAUCCUGGUUCGGACUUAUGGACGACGAUGAUCGCGAGGAAAUCGAUGGAAAUUUUAACAAGAUUGAUAAACAGAUCGAAAGUCAGUCUUCUACAAUCGAACAUUUUUUCAAUAGUACCAAUAAGGCUAUCGCUGUGCUCAGCGGAAAUGUCUUCCAGGUUGAUCCGAAAAAGCCGGGCACCAUCGAUUAUAGUAAAGAGGGGCAGCUGUUGAUGAUGGAUAUUUUAUUGAACAAAAUAAUCCGAAAGAAGGACCUUUUCAUGAAACUUCUACAGUCGUCCAGUUCCGUGUCGUUGAGUGAUGAUAUCGUUAGCCCUAACCGCUUACUGAAAGAACUCGAAAAGUUGAAGAAAAUUCUCCCGGAGGAAUUUACAUUCCCUGUUGCAAUGACAUUGCGAGAUGUCAUAAAAAUGUAUCCCUUAUCGAAGGUGGUAGCAUAUGUGGAUAAUUGCAAAAUGAAAGUUAGCAUUCUUCUGCCACUUUGCAACGACUUAGAAUACACGACUCUAAAGGGAACAAGUGUACCCACGAUGCAGGAUGGUGUUCUUAAAAUGUUUCCUCUCGAGAAUGAUGUUUUAGUAUACAACGACAAACACCAUCUCGGCAUGGUGUUCAAUUACGAGGAAUACAAAAGAUGCAAUCACUUGACGAAUUUUGCUCUAUGCAACAAUCACCAUUUGAUGAAAAAUUUAUCAUCCGCCGUGGACUGCAUCGUUGCGUCGUUUUUCAACAGAACUAGCAAUUCGGAUUGUCGCGUCAGUCGCUUAGAGCUUAGACAUCAGCUGUGGAUCCAGUUGGCCGAUCCCAAUGGAUGGGUUUAUGCUGUACCGAACCGGACAAUUAUAGAAGUGACCUUUGGACUUGGAAAUAAAAAGAGUGUCGAGCUGGGAGGUGUUGGAAUGCUCAAGCUAGUGAGGAUGUGUCAUGUUAGAUCACAGGAUAUAAUUCUCCAGUAUGUUCCAGUUUUGGGAGGAACAUUUAAGCCGAACAAUCUCGGCUUUCAACUACCUGCGGUGGUGACACGUGAUCAGCCAUUGAUCAUUUCCGCCAGUGACAAUAAUAAAGUUAUCCUUGUCGGCAAGAAUACGGAAAGUGCGCUCACUGAAAAUACUCACGUUUCUGGAGUACACUACGCACAGCCCACAAUAUCUCCGUGGGCUAUUGUUGGAAUUGUUUGCGGUGCGUUUAUCGUGAGCGUCAUUGCAAUGAAGAUGUAUACAUUUAUCGAUAAACGCUGCCAGGGAUCGAUGAUGCGUCUUCGGCGGCGACCAUCUGCUCCGAUUUUUUGAUUAGCUCGAAGUUCCUAAGCCGCCAAAGAAAUUUAAACCUAGAGUGCCUGGAGUGGAGUUUUUAGAUUUUCUGUUUGCAUUUCGUUUUUCUUUUCACGAUUUUCGUAAAGCUAGGCUGUGUGAAGGAAUUAGUUUAUUUUUGUAAAAACUAGCAUUAAUUUUAUUGAAUUGAUUUCUCUCUGCACACCAAAAGGAUUGUUAGUGAGUUUAGGUUAUGUUUUCAUAUAAUUUUAUAAUUAUACAAUGAGCUGAAAAUGUGAUGCACGAUUGAAAUAUUUACAGUCUAAUGCCCAAAUGGCAUUAGAAAUAUAUAAAUAAUACCCAUUUAUAGUGGAGGUUGAACUAUACUCUAAACCAUAAACGCUAUGGAAGCAUUCAACAAACAUACUGGACCAGAUGGUCGUCUUUAUUAUAUGAACCGAAUAUUUCCUGAAGAUCUGAGUACAAGCUCGUGGCCAUAGCCCUGCUAGAAUUUAGGAUCGAUUUCAUCAUUUAGAGGCUGUCACAUAGGGCUUUAAUGCCAUUAAUCAGCUAAAGAACCACAAAGUAGCUGGUAAGGAUGGCCUCGUAGCGAAGCUCUUCGAGGGAGGUCCGGAAAAACUUUUAGAGUGUGUGCACCGUGUAUAUGGUUGGUAAACGACUCGACUAACCGUACCAUCGGUGCUCCGCGUACCUGCAGGCAUAAAUAGACCCAAUUCAUGGUCCUUAGCUUCUUGUCCAACAACUCCUAUCCAUACCACCCCGCGGUACCGGCUGGGAUACGAGUAACUAUAGUGAAGAUCGUGUAACCAACCCCGGUGGGAUCUUGGUCGUAUGCUGACAGGGAAGGGGUCCUAUCCGAGCGUCUGUUCACCAUGGAGGUGCGGCUCAAAACCAAAUGUCCACGAUUGUCCACGGUGUGGGGGGUAGGGGUAUGGCCAAUGUCCACGUGGCCAAUGAUACGUGAUACGUGAAAUAAAUAUUUGAGAAAAAAAACAAUCACAUAUAUAUUUAAAAAUUAACGACAUCUGUUUUUCAUUUUCAAGAACUUUCAAACUUUCCUUCAUGCUUGUUCUGCAUAUUUAACAAUAAAAAGGCUGAGCUGUCUGAUGUUCUUUUCAAAUACUUGUUAGUGUGCACACAAUGGUCAUGAUUUUGUUUUUGAAAAUGAAUGUAUUUCUUUCUGAGAUGUCCACUAAAACAUUUUAAUCUUUUUGGACUGAAAAAAGCGUUUCGCAACCUUCGAGGUGUACUUAGGAUCAUUGGGAUCAUAGCCUUUAAUAUAAAUUUUCCUGAGUGACGGCUUUAAGUUCUCCUCCAAGACAUUGACGUAGGACUCUGCAGUCUUUUUCUAUCGAUCUUGACGAGAUUGUCCACCCCAUUCCAAGUAAACAGCACCACACAAGCUGGGUAGCUCAGACUUCUGGCUGUAAUUUUUUUGUGUCCUUUAACCUCAAACUUACUCUAUUCGGUCAAAAUAAUCUUCUUCCAAAAGUCAUGGCUGGAGCUCCUAGUCGUGGACCAUCAGAGGAUUUUUCAUUUUAAAAUAAAACAUGCAAAAUGCAUACUCUAGUUGCAAAUCAUGACUAUGUAGAAAAAUGUCAAAAUAAUGCUAAUCUUUAAAUAGACACACAGUUGCAUGUUGACCCUUUACGGUCGUAUUCAAUUCGGAUAUGGGUGCCAUACUGGUUGGAAUUAUUUUCCCUUGAAAGAGCGGUGAUGCAUAAUUUGUAUGACAAUGAAAGAUAAACAAGAUUUUUUCAAUUCGUUGUGAACUUUAGAUGU